AGGUGGAGCUUUGGCUCCCUAGGAACCUCGCUUCAAUGGCGCUGUUGGCAGCCGAGUUGAAGCGUUUGCCGCUCGCACCGGAAGAGUUGUUCCCUCUCGUGCAUCUGAUCUCCACCAUCCGACGCAGACUUGCAUUUUCCCUUUUUACAGUGUACUACUAGGACAAGAUGGCAUUUGAAUCUGACACUGAUGUUCUUCUCUACAAAAACACUGAGUUCCGAAGAAUAUUGUACCUUGGAGAUGUAUACUGUUACACCAGACUACUGGCAGAGGCCCCGCAAUAGACCUGCAAAGGAGAAUCAGUGCUUGUACCUAAAAACUGAUAUUUUCUAAAGCAAUGACACCUUUUAGUAGUGUUUUUUACAGGAAGGUUUUAUGUCUGUUCUCUUACCAUGGAUAUUUUAGAAUGAAUCGAAUUGAAGAUACUCUUCUAAAUCCCUGGCACAGACUUCUGAGAAAUUCCUCUUAUUAUAAAAACAAUUUGGUCUCAGCUGUUGAUGUGGUCAAGUAUUGGCAAGGCGUGUUUGAGGCAAACAAUAUCCCAGAAGCACAGACAUCCUCUGAAUAUAUUGUUUCUCAUGUCCUGGGAUCAAAAACAUUCCAGAAUCUGAAUGCCAGCAGCAUUUCUUCUCCCCUUUCAGCAAAGCAACAAAAAGAGAUCCAACGGCUCUGUGCUAAACGACUACAACGAAAGUUAGCAUUGAUCGUCAGUUUGAAAGGCAUUAAAAAGGAACUGGUUUCUCUCAUUCUGGAUGAAGAACGCAGGAAAAGAUUGACUUCUGCAUGCAGCAAGGUCCUUCAGGAUUUCCCAGAGUCCCGUGGUCCUGUUAUUCUGGAAGUUGGUUGUGGCUCAGGGGCAAUUGGUUUAAGUCUUCUGAAAAAACUUCCUUAUAGUCAGCUUAUUGCCAUCGAUAAAUUAGAAGCUGCUGUUAAUCUCACCAAGGAAAAUGCAGAACGGUUACAUCUUCAGGAAAGAAUCCAUAUCUUUCACCAUGAUAUAACUUCAUGUUCUUGGGAAUGCCUUCAGCCUUGGGGUUUGGUAGAUACUAUCAUCAGUAAUCCACCUUACAUUUUUCACGAAGAUAUGAGUGACUUGGCAGCAGAAAUUCUCUGCUUUGAGGACCUUGGUGCCCUGGAUGGAGGAAUUGAUGGGAUGAGCAUCAUCAAAGAAAUUCUGGCAAUGGCCUCUUACAUCCUCAAGGAUUGUGGGAGUGUGUAUUUGGAGGUUGACCCCAGGCACCCCAAAAUGGUAACCAAUUGGCUGUCCAGUCAUCCGGAUUUGUUCCUCUUUGUAUCUGCUACACACAAGGACAUCUAUGGAAAGCCAAGGUUUCUGCAUAUUCAAAAACGUAGGAAAGAAGAUCACCAAGAAUCAUGACGAGUUCUGUAUCCCAACCCUGGGAGUGUUUACAGUGCUUUCUAAGGGUAUGUUCUCAGAAAGCCAGAUGUCUCUUGAUAACAUCUGCUAACUUGCAUUUUGCUGAGGAUGAUUUAAGUUUUCAAAUUUUCAAGUUAUUUUGUGAUUAUUCCAGUUGUUAUGUAAGAGACAUAGCAUUUAUAUCCAAUGUGUAAUUGCUAUUGUUCUUUUAUUUUAUAAUCGCUUUAUACAUUCCUCAAUUCAAGAGUUAAAAAUAAAAUACUAUGAAUACUGAAUAA